UUUUAAUAAAAUAAAUUAAAAAUUAUUGGUUUCUUUUGAAAUAGAUAAACAUGGAGGUGGAUGAAGUAGACCCAGAGAGCUUGGAGAUCUUGAAACGGAAAAUCGAGGUAGUUGACAAGUUGCUUAAACACAAGGAGAAGAUUGAGGGAAGAAACGCCGAGCUGACGACGGAGAAUUUAUUGAAAGAGAACAUGAUUUCCAGUUUGAAGAGAGAGAAUUGUGAGCUGAAGAGUUCUUUGGAGGAGAAAACUUCUAAAAUUAGUAUUUUUGAAACUGAGAAAAGAUCUUACUCCGGUCGACUGGGUCAACUUGAAUCUGCGGUUGCAAAAAAGAAUAUUGAUCUGAUCAAUAAGGAGGUGGAGAUCAAUGAACUCAAGAGGACUAUUGAGAACCUGGAGGGGGAAAAGACUAAUCUUGAAGAUCAAAUUAAGAAUGAUCGGGAAUCGAAACGAAUCAAGGAAAUUUAUGAGGGAGAGAAAUGGAAAUAUCUUGCAGAAAUAUCCAGCCUUAAACAGCAGAAUGAAGCUCUCAAGCAAAGAGCAAAAGAAGAUGAAGAGAUCUCAUCUGCAUUUAGAGUAGAAGUCGGAGAACUAGAGAAAUGCAAGAAAGAGCUUGCUACACUGAAAAAAGAGAUAAAUGACAACAAGAAGGAUAAACGUAUUCUUGCCUUGACUCGGAAACUAGAAAAGGCUAACACUGAAAUAUUAAAGCUUAGUAAAGGGCGAAGCAGUCAGGACUUAAGUGUCUUCACAGCGAACGAUGAAAUUAAACCCGGUCAUUCUGCUUCCUUUCUAAAUAUAAUGAGUUCGAACACGACUUUUUCCCCCAGGCGACGAUUUUCUAUUUUCAGUGGUAAACAUAAACAAAGAGGAGGAGUAAAGAAAACUAAAUUUAUCCGUCUUGGUAGUUUACUCUACGGAGAAGUUCCGAGUGUUCUCGGUCAGAAACCUGUUCUUUCUGACUCCAUCCCUAGCGUAGAUCACGACCAGGAGGAGGAGAAUAUUAUGUUAAUCCUUAACAGCAGCACAGCUAGGGAUUAUCCUAUGAAGAGAAAAGCUGAAGUUCUCCAUUACUCUCCUAAAAAGAAGCUCAAGGGUCCUGGAUCUGCUCAGAGUAAUUUGUCUGUUGUUACCUCAAACCCUCCGCCCAAGACUAGAGACAGUGCAGCAAUACGAAUUAUCAGUCCGAUGAGUUUAGAAAACAAAUAUAAUUCAUCGCAGGAGGAAUCUUUCAUGUGCAUAGUUCAGGAGCCGAGUAGUUCGGACGAGGCACCUGAGAUAAUAGAACCCGAACCUCUCUCCUGUUCAACUCCAAGUAGGAAACCGUCGUUAGUUAAGCCUUCUGAUCCUAUUGGAUCUACAUCAGCAUUCAACGCCUCUGCUCCCAUGACCAUAGUUGAGAAUGGAUCCAAUCAAAUCUAUUUUAAUCCAAAUCCUUCCAAAUCAAGGCUUGCUCACGAAACCAGGAAACCUCAACCUGUUCCUCCUUCUAGAAUAUCUGCUCCAGUAGUUCCGACGGUUCAAGCAAUUCCGUCAAAAUCUAAGAACACAAGGAUCUCCAAAUCUAAAGAUUCCAAUAGCUCUGUGUUACUGCCGGCCACUAAGCUGGAAACGUCUGCCAGUACUGGAACUGCUCGUUCCAAGAUACUUCAAACAGGAUUAUUAAUUGAGACUCCUGCGUCUGUAGGAAAGAAUCUUACUGAAGCUCAGAUUGCAGCGGCUCGAAACCGUAUGGUAGGCCGAGCCCCACCAGGAGUAGCUACCAGACCAUCAGUAGAUGGAUUCAGAUCAUCAGAGAGAUCAGGAAACAAGGUACAACCAGAGACUAACCAGUUGAAACCUGUUCCUCCCGUUAGAACCAGACCGAAGGUGGGAGACAACGUUGAUGAAAUUCCAGCGCGAAGGAAGACAAUGCCUGCUAGAAUAUCUGUAACAAAACAAUUGAUUGAGUCUGCUGCUGCACCAGAUUUAGUUGAACCAGUAACUGCGCCAGAACCAGUUACAUCCAAACAACCAGAACCUGUUUCUCUAAUCUCUAUAUCAAAAACAUCAUCUGAGGAGACGGAUAAAAGUGAAGAUGAAUUAUUGUCAAAACAGAUUUCUGCUUCCCGUAGUUCCCUUGAUGAUGAUUUGAAUCUAUCGGAAGACAGCGAAGAUGAAAAAGAUGAAAAAGUCUCCAACAAGCAUUCAGCGAAAAUUGAAACCAGUGUAUUAUUAAAAUCUAAACUUGUCGAACCCGGUGAUAUAAAGAUGCAAGAUGUUAAAACUGAAGUUGAUUCCAAAGAAGUUCCUGAAUAUACGGAGGAAGAGUAUACGAAAGAUCAGAUGGAUAAUUCCAGAGAUCUCUCUGCUUUAACAACUCCGUCAACUAUCCUCCGUAGAGAGAUUCAGUACAGAAACCUGUUGGAUGAACUCUUGGACACCUUCAACACCAAGCACAGAACCCAGAACAGAGCUCUGGAACACAUGAGAACAAAGAUUCAGGAGGAGAGAAAAUCAUUUCAGUAUGAGACCUACUCCUCCAUCCUGGAUAAGAACUUGAAACUGCUCCAGGAUGAGUUAAACCUUGCAGGACUAACCAGGAUUUGUGAUGAGCUCUGUCAAGGGGAUUCUACAGAGAGAAUCCAGAGAAUGUUCUGCGAUUAUAUUUACAAUUUUACUAUGCAUGAGCAUAAAAGUGUGAAGCUUCUAAGCGACUCUAAUCCUGAAGCUCCACCAGUAACCAGAAACCAGCAGAGAGUUUUUACUCUGCUUAGAGUUCUAGAUCAGAGACCUCAGUUUAAAGGUGUGAUUGAACGAUUGAUAGAUAUGUUGUAUAAUGGAUUCUUCGGAGUAGACCGGAUGUUUAGUAUGAGUAUGUCAAGUGUUCUUAGUUUGGGUCGGCUACUGGUUCUCUCCGCUAGACAUGUUGAUGAUCUUGAUACAAUGAAAAGAUUUGUUUUUGAUCUUUUCUUCUUCAAAUCUCCGAGGAAUCAUCUUCUUGUUGGAGUCAUUAUGGAUCUUUGGCCAGAACUAUUUGAAAGGAAUAGUCGUGAACUUACCCCAGAGCAGGAGACUGCAAUAUGGGCGAUCUUUCAUACUGGAGUAACCACGAACAUUGAUAUGAAGGUUCAAGAAACAAGAUCUGUGUUUCAGUCCAGGUAUGGGUAUCAACCCACAGAAUUCCAAUCCAAGGAUAUGAUCUCCAAAUAUCUUAAACUUGUGGAGAAGAACGUCAAGGAUUCAAAUCUUCUCAGUACGAUUAAAUAUUGCCUAGUUUUACUUGGACGAGGACAUGAUUAUCGCUGGGUGAAUAAUACAGUUAUAUCUCAGCUCAUCAACUUUCUCACUAAAGUUUGGACAGAUGAAUGCACCAAGGACCAGACCCUACUCCGUUGGGUGAUAGAGAGCAUAGGACUUGUUUCUCGACUAUAUCCCUCGGAAGGAAGAACUCAACUCGUAGGAUUGUUUGAUUCGAUCAAGGAUAUUCUAAUGCAGGAGAGUAUUGAGGACAGCACUGUUGACUCCUGUGUGAACGCACUCCUCCAUCUAGGAUAUCAUCUCCAGACUCAGGUUGCACUAUGGUUUGUUUCUUGGAAACCAACCCGUACCUUGCACCCUACAACACGCCAGAGGAUGGAGGACUUUAUCGGUACCCGCGGACGGAAACAUGCCGAAAUUACUAGUUCUGUCGCUCGGAAGAAUGAGAACAGGAAACGGAAAAACAAAGGAUUCAACAGGGGACCCAAACAGUAGAUUUAUUUUCGUGAAUCUUCUUUCGAGGAGCAAACUGGUCGGAAAUUUUUAACAAAGAAAUUCAUUCAGUUAUUAUGAUCUUAUUUUCAGAA